AUGAAUCCUGAUUAUUUUGUUUUUGUUUCUAUUGAAAAUAGUGAUUAUUUAUUUAAAUUAUUAUUGAUUGGUGAUUCGGGUGUUGGUAAAUCAUGCCUUUUGUUACGUUUUGCUGAUGAUACAUAUACAGAAUCGUAUAUAUCAACUAUUGGUGUUGAUUUUAAAAUUCGUACAAUUGAAUUAGAUGGUAAAACAAUUAAAUUACAGAUUUGGGAUACAGCUGGUCAAGAACGUUUUCGUACAAUAACAUCAUCAUAUUAUCGUGGUGCACAUGGUAUAAUUGUUGUUUAUGAUGUAACCGAUAUGGAAACAUUUCAAAAUGUUAAACAAUGGCUUCAAGAAAUUGAACGUUAUGCAUGCGAUAAUGUUAAUAAAUUAUUGGUCGGUAAUAAAGCUGAUGUGGUUGCUAAAAAAGUAGUCGAUUAUACUACAGCCAAAGAAUUUGCUGAUAAUCUAGUAAUCAAUAAUCCAAAUGUCAAAUAUAAUAUAUAA